AGGGGUUUUGUUCCAAGAAAUUUCCAUACAUUCCACCGGUCUGCAUCACCUUAAUCGUUUACCAAGGGCCACCGCAUCUGCUUCACCGUUAUUAGGUAUUGAACCGCCUUUGCCGUGCGGCACUCUCCCCCCACUGCCGCCGGCGUGCUCCCCGGCCGCUCCGUUUUCAAGAACUGCCGAUGCCAGAUUACAAAAAUCUGUUUAAUCCUAUGCCAUCUCCUCAGUCCUCACAAGCUCCUUUUGGUUCCAGAUCGUUCAGGACUCAACGACGGCGGCAUUUUCUCUCCGGCCGCUCAAACCGCUUUGGCGCAGCGUGAAAAUAUCUUGGGCCCUUCGCGGGCGGCGUCUGUUCCGUGGCCGCUCCUUAUUCAAUAAUCGCCGACACCAGAUUCCAGAAAUCUGUCCAAUCAUAUGCCAUCUAUGGCCUGUGGAUCGUCCUCUGCAAGGUGGGGCCCUUCGCCGGCGGAGUCUGCUCAGAGGCCGCUCCUUAUUCAAGAACCGCAUCUGCAGGGUGGUACUAUACCGGUGACACAUUACCAGCUCUUUCAACCGUUGUUCCCACCACCACCUUCAAUAAAUUUGCCUAAUUCUCGCACUAACAGACUUCCGCCCCUGCAUCGCGUCCUUUAUUCUCGUUCACAGUUGGCUCCCCGUCGAUCAGCACAUCAUGCUCCUGGCACAUCAUAUCACCCAUAUGUAUUGAGUGGACAGUCUGCGAUGCCGCGUCCUCGACAUCCAGUACCACCACCUCCUCGACAUCUGGCACCACUGCCUCCCCGACAUCGGGCACCUCACGGUGGACAGGCCCCACCAUCACCGCCUCCUAGCACGUGAUCAUCCACCACAGCUGUACUAUGUUACAAUUGUUGAGGGCUAUGUGAGUCAAUGUUUAUGAAUUGCUACUCCAUUAAUGUAGUUCAUUGUUGUGUUGUUUGUGUAUGAAUGAUUUGCCUACUAGUUAGCAAUUUCUUGCGGUUCUGUACUACUAGUUAUUUGUGCUCUGUUUAUCCAUUUGGUUCUUUACAUUAACUUCACAAUAUAUUUUUUUUGUAGGACUUCAUGAAAAUCAUGAACGCAUUUCUUCAUCGCGUAGCUUGGAAUGCUGCUUUGAUCCUCAAUGGGAAUGACGCCAUCCAAGACCCCUCUUUGAAGUCAAUGGAUAGAAGUGUGUCUCACCACCACCACCAAGAUCCAUACUAGAUUACUUCGUGCGAGGACUAUACGUUUGUUUCGCUGAAUUUGGUGAGCUCGAAUGGUGAUCACGUAAUCCGCGGCAUAGCUAACAAGGGCUGCGUAAUUUUACGUGGCAUGUGGUUGUUCAUUUGGGUGCUUGAUUGGGGCCAUGUUCCCCAUUCACGAUGCGCUACAAUUAUGCAGCCCCUAUUCGCUAUACCGCCGAUCACGUGAUCACCAUUCGAGCUCGCCAAAUUUAGUGAAAUUUCACAUGUAGUCUCCCCCCGCCAUCUUCUGGGAAACAAACGUAGCCCUCGCACGAAGUGAUUUGGUAUGGACCUUCGUGGUGGUGAGACACACUUCUACCCAUUGACUUCAAAGAGGGGUCUUGGAUGGCGCCAUUCCUAUUGAGGAUCAAAGCAGCACUCUGCGCAUUUGAAGCUGCGCGAUGAAAAAAUACAUUCAUGAUUUCGACGAAGUCCUGCAAAAAAUAUAUAUUGCGGAGUUAAUGCACAGAAUCAAAUGGAUAAAGAGAGCGCAGCUAACUAGUUAGUAGUACAGAUCCCACAAGAAAUUGGUGAGUGUCAAUGGUAAAAUCAAAUGGAUAAACUGAGGCAAAUCAUUCAUACAUAAACAACAGAUCCAAGAACUAAAUUAAUGGAUUGGAGUAUCAAUUCAUAAACAUUGACUCACACAGCCAUCAUCGAUUUUUACGUAGUACACCUGUGGCGGAUGAUCACGUGCCUCUCCACCACCGCUAGGAGGAGGCGGUGGUGGGGCCUGUCGAGAAGACCGUCAUGGUGCCGGAUGUUGAGGAGGUUAUGAUGCUGGAUGUCUAGGAGACAGUGGUGCGGGGUGUCGAGGAGGCGGCUCUGCGGGCUGUCCACCCGGGAGAUAUGGGUGAUUUACUGAUAUGAUAAGGCGCUGAUUGACGGGGAGCCAAUAGCUGUGAACGAGGAUACAAGACACUACGCAAAGGCGGCAGUGUGUUAGUGGGAGGAGGAUUAGGCAAAUUUAUUGAACGUUGGGGGUGGGAAAAUCGGUGGAAAGACAGAGCAGACGCCGCCGGCAAAGGGCCUCGCCGCCUCGGAUAUUUUCACGCUGUAGAGGUUGUUCGAUCCGGAAAGUAGACGCCCCCGGCGAAGGGCCCAGGAUAUUUUCACGCUCGAGCCAGAAAGUAGAUGCCGCCGGCGAAGGCCCCCCGCCACGCAGAGGCGAUUCUUGAAUUCUGAAGGAUAUAGAAGCCGAGGCAUUUCUGGAAUAUGGCGUGGGCAGUAGUUUGAGCGGCCGCGGAGCAGAUGUCGCUGGCGAAGGGCCCCCGCCCUGCUGAGGCAGUUCUUGAAUUCCGAAUGAUCUGGAAGCUUGAGGUCACAGUUCUUAAUAACGGAGCUGCCCGAAAGCAGACGCUGGCGGCAGUGGGAGGAGAGUGUCGCGCUGCAGAGGCGGUUCAAUACCCAACGACGGCAGUGAUGUGAGCUUUAUUUUUAAUUUUUUUAAAUAUGAACUUCAGAUAUGUGUGGAUAUCUGAAACCUUAAUGAGUAUAUCAUUCCAUAUUCGAUCAAGUUUUUUCGGAUAUCCAAUCUGAAAUAUCUGUAAGCUAAAAUAUUGCAUUGAAUAUCUAUUUCUUCAAAUCAGAUUGGUGUGAGUUGUG